UUCUUUCUCCCACUUUCUGGCCAUUCUUCCCCAGUGGGACCUGGUUUGUGGACAGAAGGCACUGCAAUCAAUUCCUCAGACAAUGUACUUAGCAGGACAGCUGUUAGGAAGCCUAGUUUUUGGGAUGCUCUCUGACAGGUUUGGAAGGAGGAAGAUACUGAUGUGUACCUCUCUGAUGAUCAUCAUUACCAGUACCUGUGUGGCCUUUGUGCCCACCUUCACUGCUUUUGUCAUCCUUCGAUUCUUCAUUGGUUCUGUAUUAAUGGGUGCCAACAUGGCCAAAAACUGCCUGACUUUAGAGUGGAUGCCUAUUGAGAGAAGGGUCCUGGCUCAUGCUUGUAACACAUAUGCCUACAGUUUGGGGACGGUUCUCCUGUCUGCAUGGGCCUAUCUGAUUCGAGAAUGGCGCUGGCUCCAGUUUUCCACUUCAGUCGCAUAUGGAAUCACUUUUCUUUUCUCCAUGGCCCUCCCAGAAUCUGCCCGUUGGCUCAUCACUCACAACAAACUCCACAUGGCUGUGAAGAGCCUUCAGAAGGUGGCAUGGAUAAAUGGCCAGCAGGAAGAAGGGAGGAAGCUCACUCCAGAACUAAGUCAGAUUUUGCUGGAGAAAAAAGUUUUUCUUCUGAGAAAGCAAAUAUAUGAGGACAUCUAG